AUGGAACAACACAUUCGGGACGUGGCGCAUAUCGCAACCACAUGGGAGAGGCGACAAAUUGUAGGGGUUUUGUGGCCGAUGGAAGGAGAGAAAGCGAUUUUGGUGCCCAUACUCCUCGAUCGGAUGGCGGACAUGAUUCCUCAAGUUGUUGACGUCGACGUGCAUCCCUAUAUAAACCAAUCUUUGCGAUACAAUCAGCAGGUCAUUGACAUGGAAGCUUACAGCAUUACCCUUUCGAAUGGGUCGACUGGGAAUAGGACAGAAGAAUUCAGAACGACAAUGUUCUAUGACGAACCGACGGCCGUAAUGGUUAAUAAAACCAUCUUGAAGCUGACGGGGGGGAGGGUUGUCCGUCAUGGCAACCUUUUAGCGGUGAAAAGCAACGAAUAUGAUGAGAUUAUUGACGCGAGAGAAGGAGACAUAGGUGUAAUCCAGAAUAUAGUUGUAAAAUACUUAGAGUCGCAGGAACUUGGUCCUGGUGAUAUGUAA